GAGUGACAGAUACAUCGAAGCGGUCAGAGCGGACGUUGUUUCUAUGAGCCGUUUGAGUACGGUGUGAGCGUGCGUCAAAUUCGAGGGAGGAGUUGUGACAAGCUAAAAUCUGUCAUUCGGUUAGCAAACAUAUACGAUACGCACCCGGUGUAUUUCGCUGACGUGUAUUUCAUUUGUGAUUGGUUUUCAAUAUUUUGAUCAGUGCAAGGAACAGUUUUUUUCACAAUGCUUAACUUAGGACUUUUCGUCGUCUUUUGUCUUUCCUGCUUCGUCUUGACUGAAUCGACAAAAACCAUUGAUAGCCAUCUGAGUAGUGCAGAUCUGCAACGACUGAAUAGCGUUUUCACCGAGGCUUUAUCAUCCAGCGACAUCCAGUCGAUCUACUAUGGCGCUCUGCACAUUAAAGAUUUGCAAAAGAAACACGCUGAUUUGUGUCCCAUUGUCACUAAAAUCCAUAAAGAGUCCAAGAUGAAUGAUUUCGAGAAAAACUUCUAUCUCGUCAACAUCUACAAGAAGAUUGCAUGUCCGACUCCGAUACAUGAGUCCAUUCAAACAGCGAUUUCAUUGAAAAAGGAAUUUUCCAACAGCCAAGAAAUGUAUUUCAAUUACCAAUCAACGAAAGCUCUCGGUUUCCAAAUAACCGAUGACACCAAGGCUGAUCUGGUCAAAAAUCUGCAAGCAAUUGUGCGAAAAGACGACUCGUUUGCUAGUCUCGGCUAUGCAUUCCAUGUUGCAGCUGAACUGGGUACUCGUGGCGAACCAAUUGCUGAAUGGAUUGAAGGUGCAUUUGCACAGGCUGAUGAAGUCAAUGGUAAAAUGCUGCAGUUCGAAGGUGGAUUGAGCGUAACAGCACUCGUAUUGAACGGAGCUUUUAAAUUGACGACUGCAUUGAAAAAGCCGGCACCAUUAACCGAGGAACAAACGUACAAAUUCGUCACCUAUUUGUUAUCUCGACGAGAGGUACAAAUUGCCAAAGGAGCUCAUGUUUUGAUCGAAGCACUGACCCUUAUUUCAGCUGAUAAGAAAAUAUCGCCGAUAUGUGUACAAAUCGUCGGAAAUGGGCAGAUUCAACCGGAUUCGCCGCUGAUUAUUGUGAAAAUUGUCGAUUUACUCGGAAACCCAGUUAGUCCAGCUGUGUCAUCAGUUUCAGCUACAGUUACAGCAAAACAAAGUUCAACUGCUUUGGUCACCAAGCAAGCGCUUACAUCAAAGAGUUCCGACAAAACCGUUUUCGAACUAAGCUUAUCCGCAGCUAAGCCAGUCCGUGGAGCGUACACCGUUCAGAUAUUUGCCGAUCAAUACCAACAAACCGUGGAAAUCAAAAUCUUAGGCAAGGUUAAAGUGAAGGCCUUAGAAAUCGGUGUUGGAGAAGUUGACAGCACAUCUUCAUUUAAAAAGCAAACGAUCGAUUAUCCCAACAAAUUGAGUGAAGAACUGAAUGCUGAUGCUCAACAAAAAGUUCUUCUUCGAGUUACAUUGAUCGAUGAAACAACUGGAAGUCCAAUGACCGUUCAUCAAGCAUUUAUUCGGCUGGAAAAUAAGAAGUCUGGCGAAGAAAUUAUUUUUGUCGCUGAACAAGAUACGUCCAAGGCAUACAAAUUUGAUAUGGAUGUUGGUGCACGAGGUGUUGACUUUGGUCAUAUUUCCGGCUUAUAUUCCAUGGAAUUAAUUGUUGGUGAUGCAUCUCUAUCGAAUUCCUUCAAAUGGUACGUUGCUGACAUUCAACUGAAAUUCAGCUCUCAACCCAAAGCCGUCAGCAACACACCAAUCAGAACACUACGGCCAGAAAUCAUCCAUCAAUUCCGUGAGCCCGAAAAGCGUCCGGCACGCUUAGUGUCUGACCUGUUCACUGGAUUGUGCAUUGUUCCUCUCGUGGUGCUGUUUAUUUUGUGGAGCAAAUUGAAGGUCAACGUAAGCGAUUUUCCGUUCACUUUAAGCGCUCUUGGAUUCCAUCUGGGCUUCGGCGCAAUUCUCCUGCUAUUUUGUGUGUUCUUCUGGAAGCUGAAUAUGUUUGAAACAAUUCGCUAUUUGCUGCCAUUGGCUCUAGUUACAUUUUUCUUUGGCAAUCGUUUGUUGCGAUCGAUUGCAGCGAGAAAAUCUUCAUAAGCUCAACAACAUUUCCUUACACGUGUGCUGUUUCGUAAAAUACGUUUUGAUGCAAGAGGAGAGUAAUAAGUGAAUGUGAAAUCCAAUCAGUCGAUAAGCUUUAUAAGAAUUCUUUUUUAAUUACAAUAAUUUCAUAGGCACGCUCCAUAAGAGCUAAUAGAGCCAAGGAUGUAACACUUUUUUUUUCAAGUAAUUUUCGAUGUAAGCCAUUCGAAUACGGACUCCUGUUGUAUGAUUUGUUUUUGAGUCAAAAAAAUUAAACGAUCAAAACUACUUGAACAAUCGUUCAAAA